AACUUAACACAGAGUUUCGGAUGCUGUGCCCAAUCUCCAGCUUCGAUAUUCGCUCUUUCCUCUUCUCUCAGACACUCUCGCAGCGGUUCAUGGCGUUUCCCUUCUCUCCAAGGCUUCUCCUCCGACGCCUAUUAACCACAACGCGAUCUCGGCCUCCCCCUCUUCUCUUCUCCUCCUUUUCUGCUUCUUGUCCUCGAUGCCGCUCUCCGAUUCUCGAAGCUUCCGUAGCUUUCGGCCUCGGCGGCCGCGAUGGCGGUUGCCUGUCCCUCUCGAGGGCUUCCAGGCUGCUCGGAUCGCCAUCGGUUUCCAGGGUUUUUUUCUCGAUUCGGACUUCUGAUAUCGAUGGACCGCAGGGGCCGGCCGUCGUAGAUUACCGGAUGUUGCAGUGCAAUUUCGUGGACUAUCAUUCUCUACUGAAUUACUUCGCGAGGUCUGUUCUGGCGGAGGAUGAGUUUCAUAGGUUGGCAGAUGCGACAAUACAUGAUUUGCAAGAAAAAUUUGAGGAGUAUGGUGACUCUGUCCAAAUAGAUGGUUAUGAUAUAGACUAUGGGAAUCAAGUUUUGACAUUGAAGCUCGGGAGUUUGGGCACAUAUGUCAUAAACAAGCAAACACCAAACAGACAAAUCUGGUUGUCUUCACCAGUAAGUGGGCCAGCAAGGUUUGAUUGGGAUGUGGAAGCUAAAUCCUGGAUGUAUAGGCGCACCAAAGCGAAUCUCUUGCAACUUCUAGAAGAAGAAUUGCAGCAGCUAUGUGGUAAGCCCAUUAAUCUUUCUUGACUAGACAAUAUAUACCCUCAAGACGAGUAUAAAUUCAUGAGACUUCUCUGGCAGUAGACGGCACUUGUAAAACACAAAAAUGCCUUAAUGUUGAGUUAAAUGUUUUCAUUUUUUUUUAUCAUCUAUCUAUUUCUAGCAACCUUUCAAUGAAAUAUAUAUUGACAUAGUCAGCAGACUGGAUUGUUUC